AUUAAAUCGCCUUGGAUCGGUUUGCAGGUAGCAAAUACGAAAAAGACACAACAAGUAAGGCCAUUGUUGUCAUAUUUUGGUUGUUCAUUUUCUUUGCUGCAGGUUCUCGCUGAAGAUGGUGUGAUCGAGCGGUUUGUUGGUCAUCCUCGUGAUGCCGCUGCAAUAAGAGCAACGUUUGCUGGUCUGUGGUCCAUCAAUGGUGACGAUCCAAUAACAAAGAAACUGAUAAAAAACUACUUAAUAAGAGCGAUGCAACCUGUGCAGUUAUCAAAAGUUGUUAGUGAAUUGGGAGUUUAUGGAUAUGCUCUUGGUGAUCGUGGAAUGGCAGAAGUGCGACAGGGAGGGCAUCUUUUACGAACUAAGGGCGAAGAUGUUGAUGAGGUGAGAGUUCCACGUGGCACGUCUUUCAAAACUUUUCAUUUCUUUCAUAAUUAUGGACUACGAAAACACUUGCAAAUAUCGACAACUCUUUCAGAAGUUGUUCUGAAAGGGCCUUUUCUCAAUUGUCCCAAAAUUCAAGCCCACAAUUCACUUUUGUCUUCGAGGAAACAUAAUUCUAAAGAAUGGUUUUUUACGGAUAAUUGUUCACUGACUCUUGUCGCUAAAUUUGGUAUUUUGAUUUUCAUCUUAGAUAGUGGAGAAUAUGUUGUAUGA